GUUAAUAUUGGGAGAUUCCUCAUUUCACCAUUAUUACCUAAAUUUUCACUAAAAUUUUUAUAAUUUUCAAUAUCAUCAAUGUAAAUAAUAUUAACAAUAUAAAUUUUGUAAAUAUUGUGAAUAAUAUUAAUUAAUUGUAUGGACUAUGUCUAUAUUUACCGUAAGUUUUUUCAAUAGAUCCCUUUCCUUCGUCACCUCGUUUAUGUGUGUUUAUGCUUUUGCAAAUCCUGAUUUGGAGCGAAUUUGGGAAUUUCAUCCGGCCUUUGAUCAAAAAGAUUACGCCUUCCUCUCAUUUUAUAAAGUAAAUGAAAAUGAUUAUAACGAAUUUGAAAAGGGAAUUAGAGGGCUGACAAGAUAUUUACAAAGGAAACCAGGAUAUGGAUAUACUAGAUUAGUGAGACUAGUUGAUAUGGAUGAUAAAAGUGAUAUAUUAUCGGAUUAUGACUACGUAGGAGUCCAAACUUGGUUUACUCCUGCUUCAAUGAAGAGAGCUAUGGAUUCUUCGUUUUCUCAGAAGAUUAUUUCAAAUCUUAAAAUGAAAAAUGACUUCAACUCUCAACUAUUUAAAAUUGUAGUAGAUGAUUCCUCCUACACACCCUAAACCACACCCUAACCCAUACUAUACCAAUUUAAUAAUUUACUUAUCUAAAGUUAAUAAA